GAACGCAGAGGAGGCUGUAACUCAAGUCCGCCUCUUCAUUGUUAAACGGCAAGUGACAAAGUCUUCGCAUCUCUAGUCUACUUAGACACCCUGAGACCAGCACAGUCAUAACCACACUUCACUAGUGGUUCACAAUCACUGACACAACACUUAGUUGUCCCACCACACAUAGGCUUUUACUCCACACAGAUCUGUGUCAGUCUCUCUUCUCCCCAGCGUGCAAACAUGCCGCAAACUGCAGACCCCAUCACCCAUGGGGAAGAUGUGAACACUUGGCUGAGAGGCAUGACCGACAGCCUCACCCCCAAGACAUUUGAACUGUUAUUAUUUUUAAUAAUAAUCCUAAUCCUGAGAAGAUUCCUGACACAAGAUUCAAGCCAGAACAACAACCACGAGGAGCUAGUCAAGAUCACCAGCUCCCUAAGCUAUGCCUUCACCACCCAGAUGAAACUGAGCGACAAGCACAUCACCCACCUUCAAGAGGAGCUGACACGUGCUCAACAUCGCAUAGACAAACUGGAAGUGAAAGUUCAAGAUCAACUCAAAGCACCCAACGAGAGGGAGCAGGAAACAACGGAACAAGUUAAGAAGCUCCAAGCAGCCCUGGCAGCAGCUCAGCUUGACCAGCAACAUGCAACAGCUGCCCAGAGAGACCUGGUAAACAGACUCCAGUAUGCCGAACAGCUACUAGAAAAAACCAAGAAUGACAUCAGAGACAAGAAUUCUGAAAUCAGUGCUUUGAAAGACCACCUUGAAAGGUACAGAACUGAAACGGACAAUCUGACCCAACAACUAGACGAUACCAACGAUGAGCUCUACAUGGUCAGAAAAGAACUCCAAUAUGCUUACGAACUGGCAUAUGACGAAAGGAGCGAAGGGCCACAACCUAAAAGCUCACCUGCCUUCGCCACACAACCCUUUCCUGCCAACGAAAGUAAACCUCCCAUCCAAGACUUUAGAGCUGCACACGGGAUGACCAUCAAAGACCUCAACAAGCUGUCUGAAAACAUCAGCAGGUUCAACCCGAACUCCACAGAGGACCACGACAUCCAGGCUUACCUGCAAGAUAUCGAAUUUCAUCUGGAAAUGAGACCUCAUGUGACUGACAGAGACAGAUUAUACAUCCUCAGAGCCACGUCCAGUCCAGAGGUACGAAACUUCCUAGAUCGACAGCCCAGUCAAACAAAGUCAAACUACCAGCGACUUCGUGAGGUCCUGAUUAAAGAGUUUACAGACCCAGAGUCUGAACAUGGACUGUUGACUGCCUUGGAAACCAAACAAGGUCGACAAGAGACUCCACAAGCUUACUACAACCGACUCCGACAAGCCUACUUUGGUGCACACAACAAGCCUGACCUUGAAGAGGAUGUGAACUUCAAAAGCCUCUUCCUAAAGAAUCUGCACCCUGGAGUCAGCCACCAUCUAGGCGUCAUGGCCUGUUCACACUCCAUGACCAUCCAACAGUUGCGGGACCUAACACAGAAGGCCUAUAACAAGCAGAAGAUGGCCUCA